AUGGCAGCGCUCCCAACCCCGUUCUACUGCCUCUGGCAGAAGGAACACUCGUCCUUAGGCUCCAAGGUCCUCGACCUCCUCCCAAAGCGCGACCUCGCCUCCCUCCGCCUCGCCAACUCCGCCUGCUGCAACAUCGCCACGAAACCCCUCUUCAAGCGCAUCCGCGUCACCUUCUCCGCAAACACCUUCACCAAGCAGUCCCGUAUCCAGGCCCUCGCCCGCGUCGGCCACCACGUCGAGCACCUGCACUUCCACUUUGCCCACUCUGAGGCCACCUUCCUCCCGCCCCUCGUCCACCCCAUCACCGGCCGCGAGAUCUGCUUCCUCUACACACCACACACGAGCAUGGCCUCGGUCCUGGCCCGGCCAAAGUACGCCAACACAGAGCUCGGCGAGAUCCUGACCCAGCAGUACCCGCCCCUCUUCCACGCCGCCACCAACGUCCCAAGCUUCAUCAACGCCAUGCGCUACCUCGUCAACAUCCGCCACCUGACCAUUCGCUGCCCGGGCCAGGACCCGCAGGAGCGCUACCGCCGCGACAUCGUCGACUAUGCCAUCAUGAGCCUGCGCAUCGCCGUCGAGCGCGCGCCCCUCGAGCGCCUCGAGAAGCUCUCCCUCUCCGGCAUGCACCCCUCGGCCUUCAACUACCUCCGCCACGUCCCCGGCUUCGGCGCCGUGCCCUCGGCGGGCCGCCGCUGGAAGCAGAUCCGCAAGCUCAACAUCUCCGUCGAGGCCUGGGACUUCUAUGGCCCCUCCCCCGGGCUCGACCACCUCAAGAUCAUAGACGACUACAUCCGCCAGUUCUCCGGCACGCUCGAGAAGCUGCACUUCACCUGGCUGGGUCCCAAGGGGCCGUGCCCCAUCGCCCUCGCCGCCGACCCGCUGUUCGCGCCACCAAGGCAGUGCAAGAAGCUCUUCAACGAGGUGACGUCGCCCAUGUCGCCGCUGCCGCCCGCGCCGAGCCGUAAGCCCAUGCACUUCCCGCGCCUGCGGUACAUGCAAGUGCGCAACGCCACCAUGACGGCUAGCCAGCUGUCGGAUCUGGUCGACGCCCACCAGAAGACGGUCAAGGAGUACGACUUUGACAACGUCGUGCUCAUCAACGGCGGCGACUGGGACGAGGCCCUGGCGCCGCUCAUGGAGCCCGCCAGCGGCAGCAGCAGCGACAUCUGGUCCCAGCACUCACGGACCAACUCCGAGGCCGAUAGCCUCCACUCGGUCGAGGCGUCCCACGACGACGACCUCCCCUCGCCGUCCGCCGCGGCGGCCGCUGCCACUCGAGAACUACUCGACUUUGACCUCGGCAGUGAAUUAUACGUUGACGACGAGUACGACCCGUACGACCCGUACGAGGGCCUCGACGAGGAUCUGGCAUCAGACCUCGCGGCCGCCAAGGAGGCCAGCACCUCCUUCAGCACAAUACUCAAGAAGAAGCGCGUCCAUCGGCGCAGGAAGCACCGCAAGGACGACGGCGGUGGCGGGAAGGAGGGCUCCUCGUCACGGCAUCACGGGAGCCGGAGCCACAGCCGCCACCGCAAGCACAGACACCACAGGGAACAGCCCCCCGUGCCCGAGGAGGACGACGUCUUCUUCCGCCCGUCGACCCCUGUACCCAACAUCACGGCGCCCAUCCAGGACAUGUCCCCGCAUCCCGUCCUGCUGCAGCCUGCCGUGUACGACCCCAGCGCGAACCGAUACACGAGCCCGGAGGACGGUAUUUCCUCGGUGCAACGGAACAUCGAGCAAGAGGAGGCGCACCGCAUGCUGGCCGAGGACGCGGCGAUGCGGGUCAGCGCUCUGCGCAAGGCCAAGGCGGCGGUGCUGAUGAAGCUGACCAAGGAGUUCACGCGCAAGGGCACUCCGGCGCCCGCGGCAGGGAGGGACAACUGCGGGCUGCAGAUGCGGCUGAGGGAAGGGCUGUUUGGGAGGAGCUUUGUGAGUGUGUUACCCGACGACCGAACCAUGUCGAGUCAGUCGGCAAUAGUCCCGCUCAUGGUGAUGCGGUAG